GGUCUCGUGAUUAUUGUACCACCGAACCUCGCGGUUCUCAAUCGUUUACUCAUAAAAAAAAGAUUGAAACCUACGAUAAAGGAAUCGGUCUAAAUGAGAUCGCAAUGACAACAAGUCGGAGAUAAGAUCAUAUCGUGAGGUGCUCCACGUACCCAACUUUUCCGACACCAAUGAAGGAUGGCGUUUCCACCGUUGGUCAGCUCGACGCCUCCUCCGUUGGAUAAUUUCGGUGACUCCGAGGAGGACGAGUUCGGGGAUUUCGCAACUGGAGGCAUAGAUGGAUUAUCCGUGUCUUCAGACUCACCUCAGAAACUUAUAACACCUAUUCAAACGCCUCUGCCAUCGCAGAAUGCCUCACCGAAGGUGAAUGGCAUCCCAGAUACUCCUAGAAAGACACCUGUGAAACCGUGGACCUGUGUCAAUACUAUGUGUCCAUGUGUGAAACCAACGAUCACAGAAGAUGUCUUGAUACUCGAGAAAAUAAAUGAUACUGUAAGCAAUAUUAAACUGAAGACAGACGAUGAGAAUGUUGAGACAGUGGUUGAGGAGAGUAAAAAGAAUAUAGAGAAUAAUAAUAAUAAAGAGGAUGCAGCUGAGAGGACGAUCUCCAGUGCGAGUAAUCUAGCGAGCGAGGGUAGCAGUUUAGCUAGUGAACGGGAGGCUUCUCCAAACCCAGAGGACGUGGAACCGUUGAGCCUGGAUUUUGGAGAUCCCACCGUACCUCCCGACGCCGUACAACCAGUAGAAGACGAAUUUUAUGACUACGAGGAGUUCGAGACUGCAGAAAGUUGGAUUCCCAGUAACGAUGCGUUUUCAGAGUUCAAAUUCGCUGAAUCUGAGAAUACUUUGAACAAUGCCAGCAGUCUGAGCAGAGACUCGAACGUCGACGAUAAGAAAGAUUUGGAUGUGGACUUGGAAAAUGAGAAACCUAAAUUGGAUGAGCGACAUGUAGAAAAUAGCGAAGAUGCUUUUGAAUUUGGAGAUUUCGAGGAUUCGAAAUUUCCAAGCGUCGAGCAUUCGAGUUUCCCUGUUGAGGGAGAGCUACUCGACGACUCAAAGCCUGAUUUCUCUUCAAGGGAAACGAAGGACGAGGCUGUCUCAUUCGGAGAAGGAAAAAGCGUUCGAGCCGAGAAUUCUCAAACACUGCCAGUUAUCUCCAGGUGUUCCAGCGAAGAGUUUGGCGACUUCAAGUACGACACGGCUUCUUUCGAGGCUCCUCAGAUGGAAUUCUCCGGUUUCACGGAGGCAACUGAGAACAGAGAGGAGGCUUUGGUUCAGGAUGAUGAUUUCGGGGAUUUCGCCAAUUUUUCUGAGCAUACGCAACCUGAAAGGGUUGACGAAACAAAUGUACCUGAAAGGAGAGGAGACGAUGACGAUUUUGGUGACUUCAAUGACUUCGAGACUGCCUUUGAACAGCUCGCAGUGGAACCACCGCAAAUCAGUUUAAAAGAGUCAAUUUGUCGGAUAGAAAAUAAGAACGCUGCUAACAAAAUAGAAGAUAUAAUAACAAUAAUGUUCCCAUUGGACUCCGAGCAAGGCGAGAUCGAAAUCGAAGCGUUGAUAACGCAAGUGGACAAAGUGUGGCAGAGUAUAAAGAACGUAGAAGAAACGAACGCGUUGACUUAUCAAUGGGCGAACAGUUCUAGCAACAACGUGUUGUUGAACUCGCUCGGCAUAGACUCCCGGAAUAUUUGUUUGCAGUUGUUCGGGCCGAGGUGGAACCCAAACGUCCCGAGAUUCGCGGCGAAUCUCGGUUUCACUCCUUUGGAGCCAAUCAAAGCUAUGCCCGAGUCUCAACCGACUGCUUCGAGUUCUAAUAAAACUCAGACCUCGACUAAUUCGGAGGAAGUACCUGCUGCUCAAUUCGAUUGGAAUAGUUCCGGGCUUGUUAAUCCCUUAGAAGCUAGUGGUGGUUUAUCUGCUCUUCUACCUCUGGACUUUCUGUGUCCUUUCGAUCCUCUACUAACAUCCCACAGCUCCACCAACUCUGAAUCCUACCAUCGACCAAGUAGCGCAAGGAAUCCUAUUAAUCAUCAUGCCCCGGAGUCGAACGUAAGCAGAGAACGUUGCAACUCGGUGUCCAAAGUGGAGACGUUAGAUCCGUUGGAGAUCGACGUUGCUAAGUCGAGACGUUCUUCGAAGAUAAUCGAGCCUCUGCCUGCUCCACGGUCGUCCGAAUGGAAGAAGAAACCCGAGCACAAGUCUAGCCAGAGAGCAGUUCUCACCGAGAAGCAGUGUCCUACGGAAAAGCAAUUUUCAGUAAACGAGAAGCAGUACGCGAGUACAGAGAGACAAUUCUCAUCGAACGAUAAACAGUAUUUGCCAUCGGAGAGGUCAGAGUAUCGCGGCAAGGCUGCGAACAAGAGACCGGAACACGUGGUGAUGGACAGGUACGGUCGGAUGAUGCCGAUCCAACCGGAGACAGCGAAAGUAUUGAACCGGCUGCCGGAUCUCUCGUUCCUCAGCGCGAGAACUCUGAUGCUCGACAGGGCCUGCGAGAUGGGCGUGAUAAGUCGCAAGAUGCCCGGCUGAGUAACGUCGGUCUGAGCGCGAGUUUGAAAGGUCAGAACAUUCGACAGAAAACAACACAACUCUCUCUCCUAGUGUCCCGUGGACAGAUGCGACGUAGAAACGAAGGAGAAAAGACGUUCCAUUAACCUUUCAAACCCGCGCUUGGACCGACCUUCCUAAAACCCAUCCUCCCCCGUCCAUUGCCCCCUACUUCCCUCUCCUCCCCUAGCCAUGAAACGCAAAGAACACGUUCACUGAUCAAGUAUUCACCUGUUCAGUAUGAGAAAUACCGAUUCCGUAUGGAGUUAAAUAAGCGAGAUUCGGAGAGGAACCGUGGUUCACGAAACGGAGUCCUGAUGUAAUUUCAGUUCCGAUGAGUUUCUCAACUGGCUUGCGAGUAUUCACACAUCACCGAUAGUAUGUGAUACAUAGUUGCCCUUUGUUCAAGGCUGCGGAUUUUCAUGCAGAAUAUUUAUACAUCGAUUUUAAAAGCAUAGACUUUUCUUUGAACAUAAAGUUCUGUAGAAUUUCAUUUUUAAAGUAGAGGGUAUAAACGCAUAAAAUCUGCAGUCUAUUAAUCAUCGUUUAAGCUUAAGUAUUCUCCCUUCCUCCCUUCGUUUCUCAGAUGCGACGUGGACCAAUCGAUAGUUUAAGCGCGUAGCUAAUAGCAACGUUUCUAAUUAUUAUUACUGCUUCUAAUCCUUGUUUCAACGGGUAUAUUAAUUAAGGAAUUGUCGACACACAUUUUCGUGGCCUUGCGAGGUUUUUUUUUCCAAGCAUAAUGUACUUAAUCUAGCGCGCACGCCGACUCCGUUCCGUGAACGGGCGUAAAACUGUGCGAGCUAAUAGUAUCCGCAGCCGUUUACCACGCGUCGUAUGCAACAUUUUCGUUUUCGAAAUGGCCGAAAACAGCGAAACUGUAGUCGGUGACACCGAGCCACAGCUCGGCGCUGAUAUUACGUUCAGAGGGAAUUGUCAAACGUAGCUGGCGUUCAAAAGUGACUUAAAAAAGAAGAAACAAUACUAAUAAGACGAUAUUGUAGACGGAGAAACUUAACACGGGGGUGCUCACACCUUUCACAUUUGAUAAUCCUCAUUUUUUCAUAGACUGAACGUUCUUAUCACGGUAUCGAUUUCAGUUAAGCGUAUCCCGUCGUGCUCGCGUUGAGGAUUUCCAACUUACUAGUUUAAUUUAUUAAUACCGCAAUUAUUCCGUGCUACUAAUCCUGCGAGUCUGGGAAUCUUCUACGCGAGAGGGAUGAUCCUCUUGUACAGGAUAUAUCAGAGAAAGCCUGUGUCAUUUAAUUGGUACUAGUCAAUCUCGGAACUUACACAGAACACGGAAAUAAUUUACCCUUCUACAGUGUCAAUAAAAUAACUCUUAUUUUUA